AUGGAAAAAUUGGACCAGACAUUCGAUAAGUUUGUAGAGGUACGUAUGCAGAUCGAAUUGCUUACUGACGAUCAUGAUAAUGACGAGGAGUUUGUGGAGUCCGUAGAAACCGAGGAGGAGAGGUCUCUCUUGCGUGCUGAAAUCCAAGAGAAACGGGAACUGGAAAACGCCAAGGUGAUUCAAGAGUUCGAAAACACAUAUUAUGAUCUCCGGCAGUCAUUGGCUGCUUUCACGAUACCUGCAGGUGGAAGUUCCAGUUCAGCCCGAGCGCAAAUCCAAUCCACGACGACAUCAGAACCGCAGCCUAGGGUCAAACUCCCGGAAUUAAAGAUGCCUUCUUUCAGCGGAAAGCUCCGGGAGUGGAUUACAUUCCGUGACACCUUUACAAGCGUCAUCCACAGCAAUUCUCAUUUGUCGGCUAUCGACAAGUUUACAUAUCUGCGAACAUCAUUGACGGAGGACGCUCUGAAGGAGAUUUCAUCAAUCGAAAUGACGACAGCAAAUUUUAAUAUUGCGUGGCAAGCAUUAAAUAAUUGUUACGAGAAUAAAAAGCUUAUAAUAAAAUCUCAUCUAGACGCAUUAUUGUCUAUAAAACCAAUGGAGAGGGAAUCCUAUGAACAAUUAAACCGAAUCGUGGGUGAAUUCGAAACCAAUCUCAUGAUGUUACAGAAGAUGGGUGAAGAAGUAGAUGGGAUGAGUACCAUCUUACAGCAUAUGAUGUGUCAACGCUUAGAUUCCGCCACUCUAAGGAAUUGGGAAAGCCACCAUAAUUUGAAAAAUGUACCGAUUUACAGUGAACUAAUUGAGUUUCUGAAAAAUCAAUGCCAAGUUUUACGGAACAUUGCUUCCGCUCGAUCAACCCGAGGGGAGCCCACUAAACAAUAUCGUCCAUCUACAACCAGUCAUACAGUAAUUCAGCAAUCAACGCUGUGUCCUUUCUGCAGUGAGCAGAUGCAUUCUGCAUUUAAGUGCAACAAAUUUACGAAACUUAAAACAGUAGAUCGUGUGGAGGAAGUCAAACGAAGGUCGCUAUGUUUGAAUUGUUUAUCGCCAGGUCACAUUGCACGCUUUUGUUCUAAAGGUUCAUGUCAUACUUGUGGAAAAAGCCAUCACACUCUCCUACAUACAGCUGUUGCUAGUUCGCAAACCAGAACAACUCAGCACCCGAAUACGCAACCUAGAAGACGCGACAAUGGACCGAACCCGCGACCACCACAGAGUCAAUCCAUACACCAAGCUCCGAACUCAACACACACUCAGACAAUACAAGUGCCACACGAAGAAUCUCCAUCCACCCACACUGAAAACCGAAGCAUCACUCAACCACAGUUCCCAAGCACCACAGACAACCCUUCUACUAGUCAUAACACUGUCAUGUCGGUGAACACGAAAACCUAUUCGAACACCGUCAUUCUCUCUACCGCCCUCGUGGGCAUAAUUGACGAUUUCGGACAUAAAAUAUUUGCUCGAGCAUUAUUAGACUCUGGAUCUCAGCUGUCUUUUAUGACACAAAACCUAACUCAGAAAUUGAAGUGUAAGCGUCGUCGAGAAAAUCUUCAAGUGAAAGGCAUCGGUCAAGCUGGCGUGGUUUCAAAUCAAUCUGUUAUUGCUACAAUCAGUUCUCGAAUAUCAAUGUUCAGUAUCCCACUUCAAUUUUACGUACUGUCUAAAGCAACCGCAGAUUUACCAGUCAAACGAAUCGAUGUCAGUAGAUGGAGAUUACCUGAAGACAUUGUGCUAGCGGAUCCAGAAUUCCACAACCCAAGCAGCAUCGACAUGAUCCCAGGGGCCCAAGUGUUUUUUGACCUGUUAGUUGACGGUCAAUUCAAGUUGGAGAAAGGAGGACCUAGCCUUCGCAAUACUCAUUUUGGAUGGAUCGUUUCCGGCAGAAUAGCAGAUAAAUUUUCUAUCGAAUCGACCACACUCUCACACCCAUGUACCGAGGAAAAAAUAGACGACAUUCUUACGCGAUUUUGGGAGUUAGAAACAUGUCGUACAACAAGCAUUCUCUCAUUGGAAGAAUCGAUGUGCGAAAAAUUAUUCGACGAAACUACCACUCGUGAUUCAACAGGUAGAUUCAAUGUCACGUUACCGAAAAAGGAUUAUGUAAUCGCCAGGCUUGGUGAAUCCCGUUCAAUUGCCAUGCGACGUUUUUUAUCUUUGGAGCGUCGCUUGGACACUAACCCUUCGCUGAAGACAGUUUACAGUGAUUUCAUACACGAAUAUUUAAAUUUAAAGCACAUGCGAGAAAUCUCUGUAGCAGAGAAGGAAAUAGGUUCGGAGCCCUACCCUUAUUACCUUCCUCAUCAUGCUGUGAUACGACCAGACAGUACCACAACGAAACUACGGGUCGUGUUCGACGCGUCCUGCGCGAGCUCCUCAGGGGUUUCGCUGAAUGACGCCUUAUUAGUAGGUCCUGUGAUCCAACAGGAUCUACUUUCAAUAAUAAUCCGAUUUCGUCUCCGAAAAUUUGCCAUCGUGGCUGAUGUAGCCAAAAUGUACCGAAUGAUCAACAUCAACCCAGCAGAUUACCGUCUCCAAAGAAUUUUGUGGAGAGAUUGUGGUACCGAAUCGAUUAAAACCUUCGAGCUUACCACUGUCACAUAUGGGACUUCAUCAGCACCAUAUUUGGCUACCAAGUGCCUUCAGCGAUUGUCAGUUGAUGGCAAGCAGCAGUAUCCUACGGCAGCGAAGAUACUGUCCGAGGACUUCUACAUGGAUGACCUCCAAUCUGGUGUAGAUAACGCGGAACAAGGCGUGAAAAUAUAUAACGAACUGACUCGACUACUCCGGAGCGCGGGUUUCACACUUAGAAAGUGGAACUCAAACUGUCCCGAAAUCCUAGCAGAGAUUCCAGAUUCUCUGAAAAACAUGAGUAAUUCUCUUGAAUUCGACUCAUCCGAAAGAACCAUUAAAACGUUGGGUCUGAUAUGGGAGCCACAUUCAGAUUAUUUUCAAUUCACUGUACCUCAGUGGAAUAAAUCUACCGAGAUUAACAAGCGAAUAAUAUUAUCCGAUUUCGCUCGCCUUUUCGAUCCGCUUGGACUGGUUGGACCAGUAAUAGUCCAAGCGGAGAUAUUUCUCCAGGACCUUUGGAAACAAGGGUGUUCGUGGACUGAACCAUUAAAGGAAGAGCUUCGACAAUGGUGGCUCACAUAUCGCUCAAGCAUGGUUGGGCUGACAAACCUGAGAAUCCCACGGUGGAUUGCCUUUAGCAAUGAUGUUGUUUCUGCGGAAAUCCACGGUUUUUGUGACGCGUCGGAGAAGGCAUACGGUGCCUGUGUUUACCUCCGCUGUAUUACUGUUUCCGGAUCCAUUUCGGUCAACCUAAGUACUGCGAAAUCUAGAGUCGCACCGCUAGAUGAUACCAAACGUAAGAAGAAAAAGAUGACUAUACCUCGACUAGAAUUAUCUUCCGCCCUCGUUCUCAGUCAUCUGUAUGAGAAGAUCAUAAGUAGUAUCCAAAUUUCUGCAAGACCACAGUUUUGGACUGAUUCUACCAUCGUCCAAUGUUGGUUAUCGUCACCACCAUCCCGCUGGCACAUUUUUAUUGCUAAUCGUGUGUCAGAAAUCCAACACCUCACACGAUCAGGUAUGUGGUGCCAUAUCGCUGGAACACACAAUCCAGCAGAUGCCAUAUCACGUGGCAUUACACCGGAAGAACUUGCUGACCAUCAUUUGUGGUGGAAAUGCCCAGAUUGGCUGAGCAACCCGAGAAGCUCGUGGCCUCCGAUUAACUCAACUCAAAUUGAAGAUUUAGACACAUCAUUAUUAGAAGAGAAAGUCGUCGUAUCAGCAGCAGCACAUAUCGAAGCUCCUAAUGAAUUAUUCACACUGAAAUCAACACUGUCUUCGCUUGUACGAAUAACUGCAUUGUGUCGCAGAUUCGUUUUUAAUUGCCAAAAUCGUACAAAUACACGAACUGGAUAUAUAUCAUAUAUCGAACGCGAGGAAGCAUUAAAUCAGCUGAUCAAGGUAGCUCAAAACGAAAGCUUCGCAGAUGAAAUAGUAGAUUUAAAAUUAAAUGGACAAGUCAAAUCGUCAUCACGCCUAAGAAAAUUAAAUCCUCAUCUAACGAGAGAUAUCCUUGUAGUAGGAGGUAGAUUAGAGAAUGCCCCUAUCAGUUCAAGUAUCAUCCUCGAUAAUCGUCAUCCACUCGCACUACUGAUAGUGAAGCACUUUCAUCAAUCGCUUCUACACGCGGGUCAACAAUUAUUGAUCGCCAGUGUACGAGAGCGGUUCUGGCCACUUCGUCUGAGGAAUUUAUCGAGGAAAGUGAUACAAACCUGCGUUAGAUGCUUCCGAGUAAAACCAAAGGUCGAGGACCAGCUAAUGGCUGACGUGCCAGCGGAGCGCGUGAAUCCAGUUCCACCAUUCACAAGAGUAGGCGUGGACUACUGUGGCCCCUUCAACAUUCGAUUCCCACAUCGAAAAGCAGACAUUCGAGUCUGUUACGUGGCUAUUUUUGUCUGCCUCGUGACGAAAGCAGUACACUGCGAAAUGGUUUCCGAUCAAACAACAGCAGGUUUUCUAGCAGCUUUGAAACGUCUCGUGGCUCGACGUGGACAUCCAGAAGUCGUACUGUGCGACAACGCCAAAAACUUUGUCGGCGCAAAAAGGGAAUUAGACCAGCUACGCAAAUUCUUCAACUCUCAAAUGUCGCAGCAAGCAAUUGCACAAGAAGCGGCUAGUGAAGGAAUCCACUUCAAAUUCAUUCCCCCCCGAUCUCCAAAUUUCGGGGGUCUGUGGGAAGCCGCCGUGAAAUCGAUGAAAUAUCAUUUUAAACGGACGGUUGGCAACGAAAUUCUCACACCAGAAGGAUUCUCCAUCUUACUGACCCAAAUCGGAGCUUGUAUGAAUAGCAGACCCCUAACACCACUCAGUAAUGAUCCAAUGGAUUUGGAAGGUUUGACUCCGGGUCAUUUCUUAGUCUACAGGCCGUUGACCGCGAUACCAGAACCAUCGCUAGAUCAUCUCCAGGAAAACACCCUAUCGAGAUGGCAAAGGGUUCAAAAACAUAUCCAGACAAUCUGGAAAAAGUGGUCCACGUUGUACCUUUCAGACCUUCAAAAUCGCACUAAAUGGACGGAGAGGCGAAGGAAUCUGAGGGAGGGAAUGAUGGUUUUACUCAAGAACGAGAAUCAACCUCCACUUAGAUGGGCUCUCGGUCGUAUCAUAGCUGUCCACGGAGGAAGAGAUGGUAAUGUGCGCGUCGUGGAGGUAAAAACCAAGGACGGCACAUACACCAGAGCGAUAGCGAAGAUUUGUGUCCUGCCAAUCAAGGACAAUGAUGUUAUCGAAAACCACAAUUAA